AUGGCGUCUGAAAGCAUUGCACCAACGAUAGAACGUGAUCGGUUACCAGCGGUGAAUGACGAGAUCGCAGCAGAUGAAAAUCGAUAUCGCCUAAUACAGAUCCUUGGUGAUGGUGGCUACGGAACUGUAUUUCUCAGUCAAAACUCGCAGAACAGGAGCAUAGCUGUGAAAACGGAAAAGUACAGCAAGUCAAUGCUGCACAUUGAAGUGAAUGUUCUCAAAGCAGCUAAUGCUGCAAAGUGCAAGCACUUUUGCCAACUGUUCGACUAUGGCACAUGCAAGCCAGACUACGUUUACGUUGUUAUGACGCUUUUACAUAAGGAUCUUCACAAACUGAGGGCUGAGAUGCCAGACAGAAAGUUCACAUUUAGCACAGCUCUCCGUCUAGCGAUGCAAACUUUUAACGCCAUUGAGGAACUGCACUCGAUUGGAUAUAUCUCUCGUGAUAUUAAACCUGGUAACUUUGCUCCUGGGCAUAAGGCAACUAGAGAAGGAAAGACUAUUUUUAUGUAUGACUUCGGUCUCGCAAGAAGAUAUGUGGACAAGAAUAGGAAUGUCAUACCAUCACGGAAAGAGGUAGGAUGGAGAGGUACCACGCGCUAUGGAAGCCUUAUAGCACAUAAAAGACAGGACCUUGGUAGGCGAGACGACCUGGAAAGCUGGUUUUACAUGCUGAUUGAAAUCACGAGGGGAAGCUUACCAUGGAGACUGGUCACAGGUUGGGCGAGGUUAUCGUGUCGUCUUCAUGAAGAAAUGAGAAUGAAUCGUAUAGACCGAGCACAAGUUUAUGCCGCUAAGCUAGCUGCUCGAGAAGGCGAAGGACGAGCACAUUUUCUCAGUGAUACACCACCUCAGUAUAACAUGCUACUCACAUGGAUUGAUGCUUUGGUAUUCGAAGAUACACCUCCUUACUCUAAAUUCUACAGUAUGCUAGAUGGGAUCCGCGAAGAACGUAAGAUUCGUAUGCAUGAACGUUGGGACUGGGAAGACGACACGUCAACAGUCACAAGCAGAUCCGACGCCCGAACUGAUGCCCGAAACUAG